ACGACCACCAAGAUACGCAUAGUGAUUCGAUCUUUUGAUCACCCAUUUUUGGAAAACCAUUUUGGGGGGCUUCAGCCUUACACACGGAAGAUUGGAUUGCCUGAAUCACGAGUCUUAUAUACUGUGUUACGAUCACCUCAUAUUGAUAAAAAGUCCAGAGAACAAUUUGAAAUGGAAAUAAAGAAAAAAUUUCUGAUCAUAAAAACAGAAAAGCAUGAAUUGCGCAAGAAGUUCUUUCGGUUAAAACGCCAGCGAAUAUUUGGAGCUCAAUAUGAAAUCCUAUUUUCUUGCAAGACCCGUUCGGAUAAGGGAAAACUCCAGAGAUUGCUUCGAAGUAAGAUCCUUGCGUUGACCCUUUCCUGA